CAGCCCCGUCGCUGUGGUGACGGGACGCGAGCCCUCCGCCGCAUCGGGGAAGCUGCAGGUUCGAGUCCCGGCGCCGCACGGUGCCCCGGCGGGCUCCAGUGAGGGGCUGCAGGUUCCCCCCGGAGCGGGAGGACCUCCAGAACUGUCGAGCCAUGGAGGUCCCUGCGGGGCUGACUAGUGGGAAGGAGCCUGCUGCUGCAGCUCUUCCCGGUGUGUCACUGCCAAUACCAGUACAGAUCACAGUCGUGAGUGCACAGAACCUGAAAACUCUCAAAAGCAACGUGCUGUUUACAAUGGUGCAUGUGGAGUACAAUGGAGCAGUCCUGGGAGACUCCUCCAAGACUGCUGUCCUGCCAGAUGGAACAGCAGAAUACGAUUUCAUCACCAGCUUUGAGUGCAGCCCUGAUGGACCCAACUCCUUGGAUGUCCUUGUGCAGAAACCACUGCUCUUGACAGUGCUAGAAGUGGUGCCAAAGGAGAAGAAAAAACCGGAGAAAAUCACUCCUCUUGGCCAAGCUGUGGUGGACCUUCUACCUCUGCUGCAAGGAGUGCGUUCACUGAAGGUCUUUGCUCCUUUGUAUGCAGUGCCUGCCUCCCCAUCAGAGAUGCUUCACCCUGAGGCCACGAGUGGCCUUGAAGUGACAGUGAGCACCAAAGAGCUCCUGCUCUCUGCCACCCAGUUCUCAAGUGGGAACCUCUUGAGCAUCACGCUGGAGGCAGCUUAUUCUGUCCCUGAAGCCUUUACCACUGACGCCCAGCAAAACUACAUGGCUUGCUUGCAAAUACCAGCAGCUGGCGAGAAAGAACUGCCAUUGCUCUUCAAGAAUGGCAUCCUGAAGGCUGAUGGUGAAAAAGAACCAUUGCCCCGGCCCAAAAACUGGCCCCUUGGCUCCAUCCUGGCCCCUCGUGCUCUGAACAUCCCUGACUCCUUCAUCAUUGGUGGGCGCUAUGAGGAUGAGGAUGGAGAGCUCACCAAAAGUGAGGACAAGGAAUUCAGGAUGCAGGCGGAGAGCACGAAGAGAAUCGUGUGGGACACAGAAAGGCGCUGUUUCCUGGACGCUGCUGCAGUGGCCGUCCUGCAGAAGCGCAUUGCUGAGUGCCGCUACUGGCCUGUGGAGCUCUGCAGGAUGUCCAUGGCCUCAGCUGGCAAAGGGAAAGUCACCAAAAUUGACAAGGGAGAUGAGGACAAGCAGAUUGCCUUCCAUGGCGUGGCAUAUGUCAACAUGGCGCAUUUGCUGUGCCCUGGGGUGCAGCAGAUCCGAGGGGCCUUUCGUGUCUUUAACUACGAUGACAGCGAGGUGUUUGAGAAGACAAAAAUCCAGUACAGUAUUUUCCGGGAUCUCAGGUCACAGCUCAGUCUGGUCAAGGAAGGGUUGGGGAACUCUCCUGUUUCCAAAGCUGCUCCCAGUAAGGCUCCAAAGGAAGAGAAAGAUUCCAGUGCAACGCAGUACAGCGAGGCAGGAACAUUCCUGGUGAUGGAGAUAAAGCUGGACAGGCCCUUGGUUCCAAAGCGGCUGCGGGAGGAGCUCAUCCGGCGGGUCAAGGAGCUGAUUCCUCCCCACCCUGCGCUGCCCCCUCGGAUGGAAGGAGCCAGGAAGGUGGUGGAAGAUUAUCACAAACGUGUCACCAGUGUUGCUCUUGCCAUCCUGAGGGAAUACCAUGAGCUUUUUGGGAAGCAGCAGGCUGACCAGGGAGUGAUGGACCAUGAAACCCUGGAGGAACAAAAGCGUCAGCUCAACUACGAGCUCAAUACCUCUGGGAAAUAUUUUGCUUUUAAAGAACAACUUAAGUAUUCUGUGGUGAAGAUUGUGAGGGAGAAGUACCUGAAGACCACAGCAUUUGAGACCAAGGAGCAGCUCCAGGCAUUCCUCAGUGAGCUCUAUGUGUACCUAGUGGACAACAUGCACAUUGCCCUGAACAAGCUCCUGUCUGGGGAAGAUGUUUCUCCUGCCCCUCCAUCCUGCGCGACCAGGAAGCAGCUCUGGCUCUUUGCUCGAGAAGCUGAAGCAAACAAGGACUUAAAACUGGCCUCUGUCUUCUACCAGCAGAGAAUAGCUCGGGAUCAGCGCAGCGUCCAGUCCUGGAUGGACUAUGGAGCCUUCUGCCUCCUGUAUGAGGAUGCCACCAAAGCCCAGGAAUGCUUCCAGCAGGCUGUUUGUCUGGACCCCCAGCACAUCCAAAGCUUGCUGCUCUGUGGGAUUGCAGCUGUCAAGCUGCAGCACUAUGAAGAAGCAGAGAUUUUCUUUGAGGAUGCCUGCUGCUUGGAGCCAACCAGCAUCAUAGCCUGGACCCUCUCAGGUUUGUUUUACGAGACACAGAAUAAUUAUAUUCAGGCAGAACGGAAUUUCCGUGAGGCUAAGAAGCUCCUGCGAGCACAGUUUGAGGAGGAGGGGAGAAUCCUUGAGGCUGCUGAGGGAGAAGGGAAAAAGCCCAGUUCUUCCAGCACAGACCCAGAGAAGAUUCCAGAUGUCUCAGCUGACAAACAAGCAGUGGAGGGUGUGACAUCCAAGGAAGAGGCUACAGCACUGCAGCAAGCCCCAGAAGGGAAUCUACAGGCAGAGCAGGUUCACUCUGAUUUUCAGAGCAGCACAUCUCAGGAUGGACAGCCAGCAGCAUCAUGUCCUGCUCCAGGACCUCAGCCACUUCCCUGCACAAUCUUCAUGAAGACAGUGGAAUUCCUGAUGAAAGUCAAUGCUAUCCGGUUUGUUAACAAGGCACUGGCCCAUGAGUUGCUGCUGAGCCUUCAGGAAGGCCCCAGCUAUGCCUACUACAUGGCACUGGCCUGGAGCUACAUGCUGCAGGAAGACUUCCCCAGAUGUGAGGAAUGUCUGAGCGAGGCCGUUCGGAUCAACCCCCUGAAUCCAAAUGUCUGGGCUCAGAAAGGGCACCUGUGCUACCUGCAGAAGGAUUUUGUCAAUGCAAAGGAGUGCUAUGAGCGAGUCAUCAGCUUUGUGGAGGAUGCUGAGGAUAUGCACUUUGUCUACCUGCGCCUGGGCUCCAUCUACCUGGAAGAAAAAGAGUACGGCCGGGCCAAGAACAUCUACCUGCUCGCCUGUGACAACUCUGCCUCCUGUCUCACCUGGCUGGGCGUGGGCAUCGCUUGCUACAGGCUGGAAGAGAUGCUGGAAGCAGAAGAUGCCCUCUCUGAAGCCAAUGCCCUAAAUAACACCAAUGCUGAAGUGUGGGGUUAUCUUGCCCUCAUCUGCCUGCAGGGCGGGCGGCAGCUGGAGGCAGAGCAGUGCUACAAAUACACCGUCAAGCUCGGCCUGCAGAACGAGGCGCUGCUGCAGGAGAUCCGCGCCGCCCAGCACCGCUUCGGUUUCGGCGACCCUUCGCUCUGAUCCCCCAGGCACAUAAAAUCACCUCGACCCGA